GUAAAUCUGAAGAUGAAAACCGCGCAUCAUUUGUGUUUUGUGUUUUGAGUCGUGCGAACGCGCACUCAGCAUCCGGGGAGUGUGAAGUUUUUAGCGUAGGUCCCCGGGAAAACGAAAACUACAGGUCUUUCUGUAGUUCAAGCUGUAUUCGUCCUUGUUUGGUACUCGUCCGGGCAUGUCGUCCGAUGAUAAAAAUCAACCAGAGCAGCAAGCAUCUGAAACAUCAGCGAGAAGCAAAUUGGUCGUAAAGCGAUUUGCCCGCACUGGAAGCGAUAGCGGGAAUAUUGCCGAUCCGAUCCAUACUAUCGUCCCUAACAUCUACAACAACAAUAAUAAAGGAGAAAGCAACAUCACGGACACAGCAAACAGUGCAGAUAUGCGCAUGAAAGUGACCGGCGAAGAUGGUUCUCGCAAUGGAUUGCCCUCGGCCGCGGCUGUGGCGGCAGCAGCAGCUGCAACAGCAGCAGCAGCGCCUGCGACCGCAAGGGAAACACCAGCAGCGGCGAGCACAAAUCGUCCUGCUACUAACACGGCCGUAUCCAUUUUACCCGUACCGAAUUCCAGUACCUCACCGGGUCUGUCAGCUGCAUUAACGGCGUCACAACAGAGCAGUCUAAACGCUCCCAAAACAGUGUGCAAUGCUGUCGUUCCUUUAGCACAGACCAUAACAGCGACCAUCACGCCAAAACCUGCUGUUCCUGCUGCAGAGGGUACACGAAUCGUUAUCAAAUGCCCGGUGCCAGACGCAGCCGGAAGUCAGCGAUCCGUCACCAACACUACACCACCAAUCGGCGCAAAGUCGCCCGUAGUGUUGCUUAGUGCCAUUUCCGUCCCAAUAGAAACUAUUGCCGGAGGUUCCAUGUACUCAGGCUUCAGUAAUUCCGCUGCAGUGUCUAGAAAAAGCCCCGCGUCAGCAACACCGACAACCAGCACUACUGAACCUUCGGUUAAGAGCAAUGGUGCUGCUGCUGAAGCUAGAGUGGCAAAGCCUCCGACUGUUGCUGCUAAAGAUGGUGAUGAAGGGAACGCGACAGAAUGCGUGGCGCCACACACCGUCGAUGAUGGUAGCAAUAAUGGACAAACAAACGAGAAAGAGUCCAAUUUGUCGAAAGUUUCGCGAGAGAUUAAGUUGCUGGAUAUGGGAUCGGGAUCAAAGUUUUUCGUCGGAUACCAUCUGAAUGAAACCAUACGCGAUGGUAAAAUACGAACGCGUCGAAACAGCUGCUCGCCGGCGCAUGUUGGCAGCGGAAGCACCACGAGCCCGGUUACAGCUCGCGGAAAACCGGAGGUAUCUAAACUAGCCUCAAGCGGAAGUGGAAGCGAGAGUGAGAUGUAUUCUGCAUCAACCCGUCAGGAUUUCAGCGUUGAUACCUCGGCGAUGAAUAUUUCUGUUGAUUCCGCAGUGAAAGUUCUGGCAGCAGAUGUAUCCAUUACGGGCGGCUCUGCUGGUACACCAGUGCGGCGUGCUGGUAUGCGCUCGGAAAAUGCAGAUUUCGCACUGAAGCAGCAAAAGUUCCUCAAUCUGCGGCUACAUGGUUCGACCGGCGGAUUAGAUGGUGGCGAUGACGAGGAGUCUAGUUCUGUUGAGGGGACAUCACUGACGGUGACCACAGGAGGUAACACUGGUUCGGGCGCUAGAACCAAUAAGCGCAACAGUGGAGGUGGAUCUGGUGGUAGUAAUGUUAACCCCAUUGUCGUGUCACCGAACCAAAGUAUCUCAACACAGGUGCUACCAGCGGAACCAACGAAGCCUGGUUCGGAUCGGUUUUGUUGGAAGUGCCGAAAGAGCGAUUCGGGUAUGAUAGCGUGUUCGAGCUGUCCACGUUCCUAUCACGCGACGUGCGCUCGGUUCAUGAUCCACUCUCCUAACUGGCGCUGCGCGGAGUGUGUGAAGGUGCUUUCAGCGCGUUCUGCGUCCAUCUCUGCAGACAAGUUGCAUCAAUGUUUGGAGCUGGCGAUCGAUCGCAUCAUUUCGCAUCCACCCUGCGGGAGUGAGCUAUUCAAUCCGCUACAAAAGGACGGCUUACCUGGCUACACUGAUUAUGUAUCCUAUCACAUGGACCUUGCAGUGCUGCGUGACCGAACAGUGGCGAAAGAGUACUCCACACUCGAGGGAUUUCUGUCCGAUUUGAGUUGGAUACUGCAUAACAUGCUUAUCUACGCACUGAGUGGAAUCAACAACAAUAAGAUGAUUAAAUUGGCGAGAGAAAUCUGUAAACAGGGAAGGCAACAGGUCGAGGACAUUGAGUACUGUUCUGAAUGUUACACGAACAUGACCUUCCACAACAAUUGGUUCGAGCUGGCAUGCUCGAAGCCACAUCUUUUGGUGUGGGCUAAGAUGAAGGGCUAUCCUUACUGGCCGGCAAAGCUUUUUACCCAUACUCGAAACAAUAACUUGCAGAUGCAAGUUCUGUUCUUUGGCAAGCAUGAUCGUGGCUCGCGCAUUACUUCCAAGGAUUGCUACCUGUUUUCGGAACAGUUUCCGAAACAGAAACCGACUAAAGACAAAGAUUGGGACUAUAGCAUGAUUGAGGCGAAGGCCCACAUCGAGCAGCUGAUCGAGAGGUUCGGAAGUUUCCAUUACGCGGAGCACCUGACGACCCUGGACGCUACUCGAAUCGAGGAACAAACUCGCUCAAUGAUACCCGGUGCAUUCGGAGUCGGAGCAAGGAAUACUAACAUUCAACAGGGCGUUAGUGCAGCGUCGAAAAAUGGCGAAAGCGAGGUAGUAGCAGCAGUUCCGGCUGCAUCAAACCAAGAUACCAGUACACCUGGCAAGAACAAAAUAACGAUGAAAAUAUCGAAAAACUCGGUGGUUUCCAUUUCGGCGUUGGCAGAGGAUGUUGCACCUGUGACACCCCAGCGUACUCCGAUGAGCAACGAGAACAAACACCCUGAAAAGCCAAAGGAGCAACAUGACGAGAGUGGCGGUGGAAGCGAAACACUAUCUUCCACAUCUUCGAUUCAUCCUCAGUUAGCGGCGAAGCGCACAUCGCAACGCAAAUCACGAGGGUUCAUAGAACCGAUUGAGAAGGAAAACGAAAGCAAUCCACCAGGGAAGGCACAUGUUUCGGUACUCAGUUCGUUAGCAAAACUGCGCAAACGACGGAUGAGUGUUUUUGUCCAUGACUCUCCUAAACCUUCGCAGCAACAGCAACCUCAGCAACAGCCCCAACAGAAUGACGGUAAAGUGGGAACGCUACGCAUUCGUCGCAACUCAGCCAGUUGGGAAACAGAGCCGAGUGUGAAACGCAACAAAUCGAUUGUGAAGGGCCAAGAAUCAACGCCGUCUCAAUCCGGCUCCGAAUCUUUGUCGGCUAGCAAAGAAGCACGGAAAGCUAAAAAGGGUGCAGAAAAUGAAAUGUUGCACAGUGAUGAAACUAUGGCGGAAAAUACAUCCAAUGUAACCGCUGUGAGCACACUAGCAAAAGAUAGUGUGGAUAAAACAACAAUCAGUGGCGAUGUAGUGUCCACGGAGACUGGCAAAAAGACUUCUGUGACAGAAAAUGCCUCGACAUCCAGUACAUCGAGUAGCGCUGUUGGGCAGGAAGUUUCACAGCCUGCUGCUGUUGAUGAAGUACAGCCAGACAUUGCAACGCUAUCUGCCAGUGAACCAAUUGCUCCCAAGCUAGAACCAUCAUCCACACGGAAUGCUUCACAGUCUUAUCCAACCUUACCAAAUGCCCCAGCACUAUCAGCUACUGAAAUGGCACCCCGAUUGAAGGUAAAAUCGGUAAAUAGCAUGCUUUCGUCCACGGUCGUUGACAGUGUCCCGUCGGGUGAAAAGACAACCACCGUACAGAGUACGCCGUCUACCCCACGAUCCAGUCGACAAUCAAGCCCAAACACUGGGCCAAGCACUACAGUUACUGCACAGUCUAUGCAGAACCGCUCUCCUGGUUCGGCAAUUAACUCGCAAACAUCAUCUCCUGCCGGCACGCGAACAGUCGGAUUGUUGGCAUCAGGUAAAGAGCCACAAAGGAAGAAUAUGCAGGCUCCGGUGCAGGACGGUGCCGCAUCUUCGAAUUCUACCAUAAACUCAGUAAACGAACUUUCUAACACCGUUCCUGCAGAUGCCACGCUGGUAAAACAAGAACCUAUGGAUGUGAAUGAAGACAGAAGCUCGGUCAUGCCUGCUGUACCUUCGCAGCCCGUUAUACCUGUAAUUAAUCCAAUGGGUGUCGAUCUGGAAUCAUCUAACAGUGCUACCUUGAAAAGACUCACUGAUCGUAUAAAUGCUCAGGGUACUUUAACGAUAACUGCAACUAAUGAACCGCUGCACCCAGCAAUACCCAGCUCAUCAUAUUUGGAUAAAGCGAGAAAAACAUCUGCUAGACAACAGCAGCAUCAGAAGAAUCAACAGCAACAAGUGGUGUUGGUUGAGAUGCUACCACAGUCGGCGAUGGGCAGCGGCGUAACCAUGGACAACAACUUGCAAAAGCCUGUAGUCAGCGUUCCACGUGCAAGAAAGACCUUUCCAUCCACGCCGAAUAGACAAGGAGGGAACAAUGCGGGCAUUAGUGGCACUGGUGAUGCUGAUUCCUCUUCUAAAGCUAUUCCACAUAUGGUUAACAUCCCGAAUCAGCAGGCGCCGACGUGCAGUUUGAAUAUUCCAGUGGUAACAGUUGCUAACGGAGGUACUGUUACUGCAGCAAUUGUAAGUGCUGCUCCUCUCCCACCGCUGCCUCCUUUACUUCUCGCCCAUAAUCGGCAAGCACAGCAAACGCCCCCGGUUUCAUCGUCGAGACAGAUUCCCCUUGACAAUUCAUUAGCAAGCAUAUCAUCCUCGUUUAUACCGGAUGCUAGCGGUAGUGAUAGUAUCGAAGGCAUUCCGUCACAGACAGCGAGCCUAGAUCAAUCGCUCAAUAGUUUGUUAUCGUCUCUCGGUACGGAAGUGCAUGCUACGAGCACGAGUAGUACUAACAGCGAGAGUGGAUUUUCGUCCGUAAAUCAUGCUAUUUCGAGGCCUGUACUAACGCCCGAAGGGAACAAUGAUAACA